AUGGCCUUCCUAACCGCUGCCGAGGUGGUCGCCCACCCGGCCUACAAGCACCUCGACUGGAAACUGCCCCCGACGAGUUCCGCCACUGUCCCAGUCGCCGGGAAGCGCCGCGGAGGCCCUAUCAACCUUUAUUACGAGAUUCAUGGCCACGGCCCUAAAAAGCUAGUCUUCAUCAUGGGCCUCAUGGCCGCUCACGGCGACUGGAAGCGCCAGACCAAGUUCUUCGGUCACGACAAGGCAGACGAAUACUCUGUACUUGUCUUUGACAACCGCGGCGUCGGCAAAUCCGACAAGCCCAUCUCUUACUACUCUACUUCCGAGAUGGCCCAGGAUGCGCUAGACCUCCUUACAAGCAUCGGCUGGCUCGAUCUCUCCGCGCCGCCAAAGCGAGAUCUUAAUGUCGUCGGCGCAAGCAUGGGCGGCAUGAUUUCGCAGGAGGUCGCAAUGCUUAUUCCCGACAGACUCGCUAGUUUGACGCUCUGCUGCACAGCCCCGCGAGUUGAGCGGACGGCGCCGUUCUUGGAGAACCUGCGCGAGCGCGCACAGAUGUUCAUUCCGCGCAAUAUCGACCAUGAACUGAAUCGGUUGGCGCACUCGCUGUUCCCUGAUGACUUUUUGGCCCAACCCGACGACGAGUAUGAUGAUCCCGAGAAGAACUUCCCGACAAGGCGAGACCGAUUUGCCGCUGGACGGCUGCGGAAGCUCGAGGAUACCGAGGGAUUCACGAAGAAGGGUUUCCUGAUGCAAAUUGUUGCGUGCAACUUUCAUCACAAGUCGGCUGCUCAGUUGAAGGAGUUGGGAGACAAGGUGGGGAGGGAGAGGAUUGCGGUGUUGCAUGGAACUGUCGACCGGAUGUUGACGUUCCAUCAUGGCGAGUUAUUGAACAAAGAGAUUGGGGAGGGGAUACUGUAUAAGGUCUGGGAGGGGAGUGGGCAUAUGUUGCCGUGGGAGAAGGAGAGUGAGUUCAACCAGUUGGUAGACGAGCUUGUGCGGCGAUGCAAUUAG